AGAAUCAGCCACAACAUCAACAACAGUAACUACAAAUGCUAUCCCUAGUUCCACGGUGACGUCAGUGGAAGAUCAAACACAAACCGCUAUGUGCCCCUGUUCCUGUGACUACAUGGACAAAAUCGUGUACUGGAGAAAUGAGACAAACCAGCUGAGACAAUACUAUGAACUGAGUGAAAGGUUGGCUCAACUCAAGCGCCUCCUCAGCGUCAACACAAAGAAUCUCUCCUCCACAAUAAACAAGAAGAUCAGCGCUGAAGACGAGCGGCCGUCAGCCUCCGUGACAGGUUACGUGGGAGUCGUCUUUAUAGCCUUAUUUCUUGCUGGAAUGGCCCUGGCUGAUGCUCCUGUAUUGAUUCGGCAGACUUCUAAACUCCUCAAAGACAUCAGAAAACUGUGUGCUCGAAAAUGAGUUACACUGCUCUGUCCUUUUUAUCUAAUUACCAUAGACCUAAAACGUUUAAGUCUAUGCUAAUUACAAAAAGAUGUUAAUGAGAAACAAGACUUUCUGAUAAACGUGAUGACUUCGACUUUCCUAUCGUCAAAUUCCCUUCCUUUUGUAGUCUCUAAGCAUCUAAAUUUUUCAUUAUUAUUUAUCCUGAAUCUUUAACGAGUAGGAAAGAAAACAAGCUGCAUAUGACCUUCAACUCAACAUUUAGAUUUAUUGAACGACUUAUCAAUAAACAAAAGUUGUUUUCAAUCAUAUGCCGGCACGAUAUAUUCCAGUAAACUUGAAAUAAAGACAUUAAUUGUUUUCUAACAACCCAGCUUUAUGAACAAUCUCGUUUAAAUUGUCAUUUCCCAAGUUCCAGUGUCGAUACAAUGCCACUGUCUGCAAAUAAGUCAAAUGCUGACAGACAUAUUUCAUACUAAUUUUUAGACUAUUAUACACACACCCUAUUGUCAACGGGUUUUUCCACUAUGUCUCAAUUUUGACAAAGAGCACACGGCGGGUGUGACCGGUUUGCAGGGGAUGCUCACUCUUUUAUGACACCUAAAAUCCAAACUCUGAUGUUUUAGAGUUCCGUUAUUGCUCUGCUUCUGAAUUAUAUUGUCUGAAUAAUUUUUAGCUUGUAUACUGUUCAUUAUAUACAUAUUUCUUUUACAUGAAAAAAGCUUUCAAUACUUCAAACUUAUCGCUCCCCAGACAUUGCACAAAAAGUUUUCGUAAGUGGGUGUUUCGUAGAAAGUCUAUCCGCUGAUAUGAUGCUAAAGGAUAUACUAUGAACAUUUCGUCUAAAACACUUCUGAUACAUAAGUCGAAGUAACAGUUGUUUCAACACUCCAAUUUGAAUUAAACUGUUUUCCAAUGUUUAUGAACCGAUCAUGGUACUUAAUUAACUGGUAGAGCUUUCGCUUUUUGAUCGGAAAGCCUGGGUUUGAUUCUGUUUCGCCGCUUUGCGUCCACACUCAGACGUAAAUGUAUGUAGCAAGUAUUGAAAUUGUGUUGUUUUAAUUGUUUAGAAAUUAAAGGUUUAUUGAAGAAUAGAAAAAAGUCUAUACACUUUCAUUGUGAAUAUAGCUCUUUAAAUGCAUUUGUAUUAUAGAUCUAGAGUAUUACACAUUCAGUUUCUCUGCAGAAGAAAAUAAUAAAAUUGAAGAUUUGAUAGAACGGAACUGUUUGAAUUUCGGAUGCAUGGAAUCUCGAGCUCCUAAUGAUUUUUUAUACAUUCAGGAAAAAAUGUCCGUGUGAACCACUUUUAAAUAGUGAAAUGACAAAGGAAGCAAAAUAUAGACAUUUUCUGUUAGUCUUCUUUGUGUUGCAUUAGCUAUGUACAGUGCGUGUAGCGCAUGUUUCAUUAAUGUGUUUCGGUAGUGUUGUCUCUGUAGUGACUUCUUAUAAGAAGGAGUUAUCAUGAUAAUCGUAUUCUUCCAGAUUAAUUGUACUUGUAUAAUGUCGCUUAUGUUCAAAUAAAGUAAGCUUCUU